AUGGAAGAUGGGGCUUCAAACGAUCUUUUGAUCCCUGAAGACCUCCCGAUGACUCCAAAGACAACUAAAUUCCAGACUUCUCCCUCUUUACCUAAGAACUCUGAGAUCCCAACUGCUCCCAAUCAAGAAAAAACCAUGUUACCGCCACUUACACCUAUGCAACAAAAGUCAUUGGUCUCUAUAUCAAAAAACCAAACAGCCAUGGAAACUAAGGAGAGAACAAAAGCACUCAAAAGAACCCACUCCCUUACGACAAAAACUGAGAAAGCUAUUGAAAUUGAUUCAGAUCGGGAGUCUGAAAACUCUUAUGCAGCAAGUGAGCUGGAGGACAAUAUAUUAAAUAUCGAUUCACAGGAACCUCGAGUCGUAAAAAAGAAAAUCAAGACUGACGACAGAACCGAUGACCAAGUCUGGCAAGACCUGGAGAACGAAUUCAAGGAAGAACAGAACUUCCCUAUGACCAUUAUCCAGUUCAAAAACUUAAAGGACUCUGCUAAAGGCAAACAUGAUGUCACUGAAAUAGUGGCAGAAGCCUUUAAAGAGAGUCGCCGCACUUCUUGGGAAAAUUUUGUUUCAUCAAUAAACCCCAACACACCGAUAGACACCAUGUGGAAGAAAAUUAAAGCCAUAUCCGGAAAAAAUAAUCAUAAACUUGAGAUAAAAAAGUUUCUCCCUCAACCACUCAGAAUCCGAGCCAAUAAAUACCUCAUGGAGUUUUCACUCCCUCAAACCGAUUGGACUCCUAGAAACGUCAUGGCUCUCCCACCAUGGGAGGAAUUGAUAUUACCAAUAAACCUAGACCUAGCAGAGAACACACGAAAAACUACGUCAACUAUCAUAUAUCAAAACCUAUUUCUCGAAUUGAAAGAAAAAUACAGCGGUUAUCGAGGAUAUUAUACAGACAGCUCCUGCGUGGACGGCAGAUCUAGCUGUGCAAUCAUUAAUGAUAAUGACCCAGUCACAAUUCGACUUGAAGAUUAUUGCUCAAUAUUCACAUGUGAGGCGACAGCUAUCUUAAAAACCCUACACAUUAUCAACAGCCCCAACAAGAUUAACAAGUUUGUCAUCUUUUCGGACUCCCUAUCAACUUUAACAGCAUUUAUGAAGGCUGUUUUGAUUUGGUGUUAUUUGAAAAGCUAA